AAUAAAUGUUCCAAGAGAACUACAUUUCCUAGAAGCCUUUGCUCCCUUUGAGCAUGCGCUGUGUUAUCUAAGAAUCCUUUUCUGGACAGCGGCAAACCUUACAGAAUCAAUGUUAUGCAGCUAGUGAAAGGAGUCAUGGCCAAUUUUCGUUUAGCACUCAUCCAGCUCCAUGUGUCUGCUGUCAAAACAGACAACUUGAACAGAGCCUGUAGACUUGUGAGACCUGCAGCAGGACAAGGAGCAAAAAUUGUAAUUCUGCCAGAAUGCUUCAAUUGUCCCUAUGGCACAAAAUAUUUUCCAGAAUAUGCAGAGAAAAUUCCUGGAGACUGCACACACAAGCUCUCAGAAAUUGCAAAGGAAUGUGGCAUAUAUCUCAUUGGAGGUUCUAUUCCAGAAGAGGAUGCAGGAAAAUUGUAUAAUACAUGUACAGCUUUUGGUCCUGAUGGCACUAUGUUAGCUAAAUAUAGAAAGAUUCAUUUGUUUGACAUUAAUGUGCCUGGAAAAAUCCAAUUCCAGGAAUCAGAAACUCUGAGUGCAGGUGACAGGUUUUCUGUAUUGGAUACAUCUUACUGUAAAAUAGGAAUUGGCAUUUGUUAUGACAUCCGAUUUCCUGAACUAGCUCAAAUCUACACCCAGAAAGGUUGCAAACUCCUAGUAUAUCCAGGGGCUUUCAACUUGACAACUGGACCAGCCCACUGGGAGCUGCUGCAAAGAGGCCGAGCUGUGGAUAAUCAGAUCUAUGUAGCAACUGCAUCUCCUGCUAGGGAUGAGACAGGAUCUUAUGUGGCUUGGGGACAUAGUACAGUAGUAAAUCCAUGGGGUGAAGUUAUAGCCAAAGCUGGCACUGAAGAAACAAUUGUCUAUGCAGAAAUAGACUUAAAGAAGGCUGAAGAAAUCCGUGAACAAAUCCCCAUUCUUUCCCAGAAACGAUCUGAUCUUUACACUGUGGAAGCAAAAAUUGUAUGAUUCUAAUUUGGAUUGACAUUUUCUAAUAGCUAUUAUUAGGUAAUUCAGUGUAAUUAACUAGUAAAUCAAAUUAUAGAUAAUUAAAAUGAUCUCCAUAUAAUGGUGAGAGUUUGAGCUUAAAUUUUUCUUAGUCUGUGCAACUUUUGGACAUUUUGUAUUGCAUUAUAAACUUUUCUGACACAUAUAAAAAUAUUUCUAUGAAAAUGGAAAAUAAUCAGUCACAUCAACAAAUGCUCCACUUUGGAGAAUAUAUUUUUUAACCAAAAUAAUACAUUGGGUAAAAGCAGAAAGUUUCCUUUUUUGUUAGUUGACCUAAAUUGGUUACUUCUGAAAAUUAUCAAAUGCAUGCUUCUUUUGAAGUAUGGUAUUUAUUUGAUUUUAUGAAAAAUAAUCAGAGAUUAAAUUAGUUGAACUCCCCCAACAGUAUUUUGAAGAUACUUUUGAAGCAUCAUGCAAGUCUCAACAAUGUUCAUCCAGUUCUUACGUGGAGCUUUUGUGUACAAGAAUCGGUUACAUUCUCUGCAUUAAGAUUUAGUCAAUUACUUGCAAACCAGAUACAUUUGGUCAAUGUGUAAGCUCUGAACAGACUGUAAAGCACUUUAAAUCCUUUAAUUUUGCAGACACCUUACAUGAAUUAAUAAAUUAAUGGCAAGUGUCAUUUAGAUCUCUGCUUCAGUAGUGAUUAUUGGACAUGACUUUAAACGGGCUGUUUUUAAUGAAUGAAUAAACACAUUCUUCAAAAAGAUUUGAGUUAUUAUCUAAAGAAGCAGUUUUGGCAUGCUGUCUCUCAGAAGUCCCAAACAUUAAAAGAUUCAAAUAGUGCCUCUGUUACCUUCUCGUUACUUCCACAUUCCAAAAUGUAUAUGAAGUAUACACCCCAACUGACCCAGAAGAGCUUGUAUUUUGAGCAGCUACAGCUAUCCAUAAAUUCUCCCUGGUUCCUUUCCAUCAGAUUAAACCUCAUACAGGAAUAGUUUUAUCUAAAUCUGGGAUGGUUCCACAUCUGGAAGUUGAUAGCCAAGGAAUGAACUUAAGCUACAAUUCAGUUUUCAUCAAUAAUUCAGAUAAUUCUAUCUAGAGAACCAUUUAGAAAUGUGGGCAUUAUAGUCCAGUUAAUAAACCUACCAUUCUGGUCAUUCCAAAGAUGUUCUGAACCUCUUCCUCCCCUUAAAUUAUACUCAAAACUGGGAAUGGUUUAUGGUUUGGAACAUCAUGAACUAUUCCAGCUGCCUAGACUGCACAUAUUUAGUGCUUUAAAUAAACUGUCUUGGUCACUCAAUCACCCAUUACAAGCCAGAUAGUACAAUUAACUUUUAAGUUUCCAUAAUAGCUGUCUUCAGGUUUUCUUACACUUUUUAAAAAUAUAUCUUUGGCCUAUGUACCGUAGGAUCCUUUUUUAAACUUUUUUAGUUUUGCUUGUCUGCAAGCAACUGCUUUCCUACCUUGUGGAACAUCUUCCUGCUGGAGAUUUGACAGGUCUCCACCCUUCUAGCCUUUCAGAAGGCCAUUAAAAUUGGUUGGCUUUUUUUCUUUUUCUUUACUGAGGUGCUGGAAUUGUAUGGGUGGAAGCAUGGAAAGAGAGAUGAGCCUGCUAUGGAGAAUCUCCAGGGGACAAUUGGGGUGCAGAGUUUUUAUUUUUUAAAUAUUUAUUGGUUUUAUUAUUGUUUUAAGUCACCCAGAGUUACUUAAGAUUGGUGGCCAUAUAAAUCUUUAAAAUAAAAUUUAAGCUUGUUUGUAAGAAUGUCUUCUGGUCAAAAAAUGGUGGCUUAUGAUGCUUCUUAAUUGCAUGAGUAAUAUUAAUGUACAACAAAUCAACCUUUAUGUUGUAGAAUAGUCUUUAUAUAACCUUCAGCAGCAUUAUCAAUGUGAUGUUUGUGUGUGUAUACACAGCCUCUGCACUAUUUGACAGCAAAAUAAAACAUUAAUAGAAUCCA